ACGGUUUUCUGGAAGACUGGAACCGACCUUUGCGUGUCAAUUUAGGGGUAGAAGCAUCGCCUUGCCGAACCACUUACGCGUUUGCGUGAUUCCAUCCAUCUCCACCCAACUCCAACUCUUCACAGUCGCGUUGCCAUGAGUUCCUCCGCCGGCAAUCCCAAGCCCGCCGUCGUCACCGGCUACCCAGCCUCCGGAUCCGCCUACCCCUACCCUGUUCCUCAGCCCACCUCCUACUAUCCGAACGGCGCCCCUCCCCCGCCGCCCUUCUACCCUCCUCCUCCGGCGUACGCUCCUCCUCCCCGCUACAACACCACCUUCCUUCGCCGCCUCCUCUCCAUCGCCGUCGCGGUCUUCAUCCUCCUCGGCCUUCUCGCGCUCAUCUUCUGGCUCGUCCUCCGCCCCCGGCUCCCCGAGUUCGCCGUCUCCUCUGCUGCCGUCACCGGCUUCAACCUCUCCGCUCAACAGCAGCAGUUAUCCGCCACCUUCGACCUCAACAUCACCGUCCACAACCCCAACCAUAAGAUGCGCAUCUACUACGAGCGCGUCACCGCCAGCGUGCUAUAUUCUUCCGACAUCUUGUCCGAAAACUCUCUCGCACCGUUCUAUCAAGGGACGGGCGAAACCACCGUUCUCAAAGCUCGAUUGGCGGCGCUCGGGUGGUACGUCAAUUCCGAUGUGGUGAGGGGGAUCGAGUCGGACCGUGGGCGAGGUGAUGGCGCAGUAAGGUUCAAUGUUCGGGUUUUCUCCUUGGUUAGGUUUCGAUCCGGGGCAUGGAGGACCAGGUGGCAUACCUUGAGGGUUUACUGUAAUGACGUUCCGAUUGGGUUCGGAAAUGGUACGAAUGCGACUACCACGGGUUAUCUGCUUGGCUCAGCACCAAACAAGUGCGUGGUUAAUCUCUGAGUAGGUGUGUGAAUACUAACCUUGUUUAACAUCUUUACUAUUCGUGGUAUUACCUUGUACUGUUGAGAGUUGCUGCGAUCUUCUAUCUUGAUGCUAUAUAGAUCUUAAAAGAUUUCCUGAAAUAUGAUUUUCCAAUGUUAGUUGCAUGCUUAAAGAGAAGAAUUAUCAUGUACUGAAGGGAGAAGAUUGUAAUGUACAUUAUUUCUCUUAGGUAUAUCAUGCAUGCUAUGGCAAUUACUCGUUUCUCUUUCAA